GCAAGGCUACAUGCUGUAGUGAAGUCCAGUUGAGCAGUCACACUACGCAGACCUGAAGAUGGCUACAGCAAGAAACAGGGUGUUUGUUAUCGGGGUGGGAAUGACCAAGUUUGAAAAGCCGGGUGGGAGAGACAUCGAUUACCCAGACAUGGCCAAAGAAGCAGGGGAGAGAGCGCUGAUGGAUGCUGGAAUAAACUACACUGCCAUCCAGCAAGCAUGUGUAGGCUACGUGUACGGUGACUCGACAUGUGGCCAAAGGGCUAUUUAUCACAGUCUGGGUCUGUCCGGGAUCCCAAUAAUUAAUGUCAAUAAUAACUGCUCUACCGGCUCCACAGCGCUGUUUAUGGCUCGUCAGCUCGUUGAGGGAGGUUUGGCUGAUUGUGUUCUUGCCUUGGGCUUUGAAAAGAUGGAAAGAGGUUCACUAUCCUCAAAGUACAUGGACAGAACCAACCCUCUGGACAAGCACUUGGAGGUGAUGAUCAACUGUUAUGGGAUGACGGCAGCGCCAAUUGCAUCUCAGAUGUUCGGCAACGCUGGUAGAGAACACAUGGAGAAGUACGGCACAAAACCAGAGCAUUUUGCUAAAAUUGCUUGGAAGAACCACAAGCAUUCAACCAAUAAUCCAUACUCUCAGUUUCGGGAUGGAUAUAGUCUGGAGCAGGUCAUUAACUCCAGGAAGGUCUUUGAGUUCCUCACACUCUUACAGUGUUGCCCGACGUCAGAUGGAGCAGGAGCUGCUGUGGUGGCCAGUGAGAGGUUUGUGAGGAAGAACGGAUUGGAGAAAAAGGCUGUAGAGAUCCUCGCUCAGGAAAUGAUCACAGACCUCACCACUACCUUUGAGGAAAACAGCUGUAUAAAAAUAGUUGGCUAUGACAUGACCCAGCUUGCUGCUAAGAAGUGCUUUGAGAAGUCCGGUCUGAAAGCGUCAGAUGUUGAUGUCAUCGAGCUGCAUGACUGCUUCUCUGCCAAUGAGCUCAUCACCUAUGAAGCUCUGGGACUGUGUCCAGAGGGUAAAGCUGGUGAGCUUAUUGACCGGGGUGAUAAUACAUACGGUGGCAAGUGGGUGAUAAACCCCAGUGGAGGACUCCUCUCAAAAGGACAUCCGCUUGGAGCUACAGGUCUGGCUCAGUGUGCGGAGCUGUGCUGGCAGCUGAGGGGGGAGGCGGGGCCUCGGCAGGUCCCCGGGGCAAAGGUUGCCCUGCAGCACAACAUCGGUCUUGGUGGAGCGGUGGUGGUCACUCUCUACAGGAUGGGCUUCCCUCAAGAAACUAGGUCUCGGAUCGCUGCAGUACCCACCAGCGCGUCCAGUGACCUCAAAGGCUUCAAAGCUCACACGGUCUUUCAGGAGAUCGAGAAGAAGCUACAGGAGGAGGGUGAGGCGUUUGUAAAGAAAAUUGGAGCUGUUUUUGCUUUCAAAGUGAAGGAUGGUCCAGGUGGAAGUGAAGCAUUAUGGGUUGUGGACGUAAAAAAUGGCAAAGGCUCGGUGACCAACGAUGCAGGUAAGAAGGCUGACUGCACCAUCUCUAUGGCCGACUCAGAUAUGCUUGCUUUGAUGACGGGGCAAAUGAAUCCACAAACGGCAUUUUUUCAAGGAAAACUAAAGAUAACUGGAAAUAUGGGAAUGGCCAUGAAACUUCAAAACCUUCAGCUGACACCUGGAAAAGCCAAACUGUGAAAUCACGUCUCUUGAAAAGGAAAGUGGCACAAAUUCAUCCGUGUGGAGAGGUGCUAGAAUAGUUAAUUUCUAAAAAAAAUAAUGUUUGCUAAAAUUGUUUUGGUUUUUUUUUUUUUUUUUGUAAUGUUGCACUAUAACAAUGAGUUUGUUGGUCAUUGCAUAAAUGUAACUGCAAUGUUAGUAACAUCUGAAAGACACAAGGAUGAAGACUGAUAAUGUUGCUGUUGUAAAUCAUAAUAAUCUUUGGAAACCACAAGAAUGAUAAAAGGGGAACUAUUUGAUUCUUGCAGAUUUUUUUCCCUUGGAUUUUAUAGCAUCGCUGGCUUGGUAAUGUCCGUCUAAUUGACUAAUAUCAGUUUAAUAGGUGGAAUUCUGCAAAGACUUAUUUGGGACCUUCAUAUCUACUUUGUAGUGUCAAUCCAGUUAACAUGCAAGUAGAGUAACAGACCUUGAUGCUUCAAAGGUAUAUUGAGUAUGUUAUCAAUUUUAAAGCAUUUUGUAUAAUUGUAAAUUAAUCAAGUUUGUAAAAAGACACAUUUCUAAUAAAUAUUCAAUUUUCUUCAAAA